UUAUGAUGUCUUUUAAGUUGUUUAGAUUAUUUCUUUCGACAGUUUAGUUUCAAUAUCAACGGGAAUCGCGUUUAUUUUAUUUUUGUUCAUUACUAUUUUCUCAAAACUAGGUCAAAACGUGUGUGUGUCUCGGUAUUUAGUUGAUAAAAAUCAACCAAACCAAACAACCUGUUUUCUUCUUCUGCUGUACUUCACGCAUUCAAAUAUCAAAAUGUAUUAAACAAAAGCAAAGAGCUUUUUGAGUUUUCAACAAUUAUUAUAAGUGGAAUCUGAUUAAAAGAAAGUAACGUACACUCAACGAUUCAAUUAGCAUACUUUUUUUUCCCCAAAUAUAAAAAAUAAUACAACUCGAACUUUAAUUUAAAAAAAAAAAAAACUUUAAUAAAAACCAAAACAACCCAGGCCAGAGCAUGAACAGAAUAUUGCGAGGCAUUCUUCUUUAUCGGAAUACGGACCGACUGCAAAUGGUUAAGGAAUUCGAACAAGUUCGCGACCACCCUGAGCCAAAAGCUGUGUUCUUUACAUGCAUGGACAGUCGUAUGAUUCCAACCAGAUUUACAGAGACUCAUGUUGGGGACAUGUUUGUUGUGCGUAAUCCAGGAAAUGUCAUUCCCCAUGCCCAUCACUUUGAAGAUGAAUAUUUUAGCUGCGAACCCGCUGCUCUCGAGCUAGGAUGUGUGAUCAACAGUGUGCGACACAUUAUCGUUUGUGGCCAUAGCGAUUGUAAAGCAAUGAAUCUUCUUUAUCAAUUAAAGGAUCCUGAUUUUAGCUCACAAAAAAAUCGUCGUCUUUCUCCCCUUCGCUCCUGGAUGUGUACUCAUGCUGGAUCGAGUUUGACUAAAUUCACAGAAUGGAAAAACAACGGAAUGAAGGACCCUCUCAUAUUUUCCUCAGAAACAUCUACAAGAAAAUUCGUAGCCUACAUUGAUCCUGAAAGCAAAUUCGCACUCGAAGACAAACUUUCACAAAUUAACACAUUACAUCAGGUUUCAAAUGUUGCAUCGUAUGGAUUUCUUAAGGAAAGAUUAAAAACUCACGACUUGCAUAUCCAUGCACUUUGGUUCGAUAUCUACACAGGAGAUGUCUAUUUUUUCAGUCGAGCUGCCAAGAGAUUUGUUCCAGUCGAUGAGGACAAUUUUCAUAAGCUUUCCGAAGAAGUUCGAAAAUAUUAUUCAUAAUAGACGAGAAACAAGAAAGUGGAAAAGCCAUGGUGAUUGAUGUUUUUAAAAGACAACGUGAUAUUUUUAUGUAAAUAGCUUAGUCACUGUUUUUUCGUUUUUCUUUUUACAUAAAGUUUAAAGAGAAUUUAUUUCCUUGUAUAUUAGUCUAUAGUUUAAAUGUUUAUAACGAUAUUCAAAAAAUAUAUAUUAUCAUUAAUA